CUGGAGCGGGAGGGGGGGGAAGAAAAGGGAAUUCCAACCUGUGGAAACUUGGGGGUCCCCGAGGUCGGCUCCUUCCCCUUGACUGUGGAUGGUGCCAGGCAAAGAGCCUCUGGCGGCUCGUGGGGGGCAGUUUUGGGGUCCGCAGGGUGAGGGCGGAGGGGAGUGUCAGAGUGUGAGUGGGAUACGGGAGUUCCAAACUUAGAAUCUUGAGGCCCGCCGGGCUCCGGCGCCGGGGAGAGGGAGCUCGGGCCGCCAUGCGGGACAGGACCCACGAGCUGAGGCAGGGGGAUGACAGCUCGGACGAUGAAGACAAGGAGGGAGUCGCGCUGGUGGUACACCCGGGCACUGCACGGCUGGGGAGCCCAGACGAUGAAUUCUUCCAGAAGGUUCGGACAAUUCGGCAAACUAUUGUCAAGCUAGAAAAUAAAGUCCGAGAGUUGGAGAAGCAGCAGGUCACCAUUCUGGCCACGCCCCUUCCCGAGGAGAGCAUGAAGCAGGACUUGCAGAACCUGCGCGACGAGAUCAAACAGCUGGGGAGGGAUAUCCGCGCACAGCUGAAGGCCAUAGAGCCCCAGAAGGAGGAAGCUGAUGAGAACUAUAACUCGGUCAACACAAGAAUGAGAAAAACCCAGCACGGCGUCCUGUCCCAGCAAUUCGUGGAGCUCAUCAACAAGUGCAACUCAAUGCAGUCCGAAUACCGGGAGAAGAACGUGGAGCGGAUUCGGAGGCAGCUGAAGAUCACAAAUGCUGGAAUGGUGUCUGACGAGGAGCUGGAGCAGAUGCUGGACAGCGGGCAGAGCGAGGUGUUUGUGUCCAAUAUACUGAAGGACACACAGGUGACUCGACAGGCCCUAAAUGAGAUCUCGGCCCGGCACAGUGAGAUCCAGCAGCUUGAGCGCAGUAUCCGUGAACUUCAUGAGAUUUUCACUUUUCUGGCUACUGAAGUGGAGAUGCAGGGGGAGACGAUCAACAGAAUUGAGAAGAACAUUCUGAGCUCAGCAGACUAUGUGGAACGUGGGCAGGAACAUGUCAAGAUGGCCCUGGAGAACCAGAAGAAGGCGCGGAAGGUCACCGCUGCUGCUCCUGUAGCCCAGCCCGUCUGGUUGCAGUACCGCUCACUUCGGCCACCAAGUAUGGGGUGCACAUGUGGGUGCCGGGGCGACGCGAGCGAUGAAGGGCUAGCUGUGUGGUCGUUGGUGCAGACUCAGACCCGCCCCUGGACCCGGGAUGGGGGAGGGGUCAGAGGGCGGGAUUGGGCCGCAGUGACGUGGGACAGGACCGCUCAGCCUCCAUCCGCGGCUGGGCGCCCGCCUGCAGCGCCUCCCUGUGGCCCUAGAAUGGCGGUUGCUCUGUGCCUGCGCCAGAUCCGAGGGUACACUUGGCCCCGAGUGUACGGGGUGUGGCUGAAGGGUAGCCCGGUCGCUACUUGGAAAAUGACUGACUAGCGGACCUAAAUGUUGUUCCUGAAGAGCAUCAGGAUUGGUCCGUAGGGCGUCCUGAAGAAGCGAGCACCGGGUAUUAAACAGCAAUUAGAGGACGCUGAUGUGGGCGGGGCCUCAGAGGGAGUCCUCAGUCGCACCCAAAAGCGAUUGGAUCACAGAGCUCAAGGGGCAUGAUCAAAACGCCAAAGGAGACGGAAGGCGGCUGGCCAGUGAGACUGGCGUGCGUGCGUAGGGAGUCAGAACCUCACGCGAGAAGGCGUGGCCGGGUCGCUCUCCCGCUGCCCGGACUUGCGGCUGGCGGAGUCUGGGAGGUUACCCACGCCUUCGUCCUGCCUGAGAUCCUGUGUCCUGUGUACAGAAGAAACUCUAGACGCCUACAGGAAGGAACCCCUCAUUUUCAGAAGCGUGCGAACACUCUGGAUGCCCACCCAAUGGGGAAACUGCGGAGCCGGAUGGAUCCUGCCCCAGGGGAAGAUUGAUUUGGACGCGGGGCCUCUGCGCUUCCCUGAUUCUCCAUUCUCCAUCUCUUCCCCUUGCGGCCUGCUUCUUCAGCAGAAUUCUGUCCUUUUGGUCUCCUUUGUCCAAUCCCCCAUUUUUCUGCCUUCAGAAUCAAACUGCACGACCCAUGGUACCUACUGGAAUCUGGUAGAGACUGUCAAACCGACGCGGAGACUGCCACAUCUACACAGCUGGGUGUCCACGUGCAGCGUGUGUCUUCCGCUUGGCCGUGCUGGACAGCGCCACCCUGAAAGGCUGCUUACCCUCUCACCCAGGACGCCGUCCAGAACCUCCUGGAAGAGUUAGCUAGAUGGCCAAGCGAGGGCUCAGAUGCCGGGCUCAACAAUUGAACUUUUUCUGUGGGCUGUGGGGACCUAUAGAAGGUUUUUGAACAGGUGAGUGGCAAGUUUGGAGCAGACUUAGCAGACAAGUGCACUGGAGGUUUCACGGGCUCCCUUGCGUAUACCCCUUCCCUGUGGGAAACCGACCUGAGUGAGGGGCUAAGGGCAGGUUUUGCACUGAAAUCCUGGCUUGGCUGCUGUCAGCCCAGCUUUCAGGGAACAUGGCCUGUGUUAGUUGUGGCUUUUCCAAAUCAUGUUGCAUCACAACCUUUCACCUGCAGCCCUCUCCACUUACUCCCUCACCUGAAUAUUUCAUGGUUCAGAUUCUUAAGAAAAGGAACCUGACUGGUCUAGGUCAGGCUACAUUGACCUACCUAUGAAUUGUCUACCUUGAGUCAAGAUUUUACCCUUGACCAAGAUGUAUGAGAGGCGUUAUGUGGUACAAAACGCUGCAGCAGAGUGCAUAUGAAGCAAGAAUGGACGAGUUCAGUGAUAUCAGUUUCUGGUACAGCCCUGUGGUAGAUUAUUGUUCCAAAUAUAUGCUGUCCUUCCUGCUGGGCCCCUCACAUUAGGAGGAUUAUACAUUCAUGCCCCACUUACAAUGGGCUUGGCUAUGGCCAGUGGAAUGUGAGUAGAAAUGCAAAGUACCACUUCCAAAUAGAAGCUUUAAGCACUAAUGAGUAUUCUGAGAGCUUCCCUUCUCUUUUUCCUCGGCCAUGAAACUGUCAGUUGCCAUAUCAAGACUUCUUCAGCCUGGAACCCAGAAUUAACAGGACAUGAAGCUGAGCUGUAGCCCACCUGUAAAAUGAUGCGUAAUGUAAAUGAGAAACUUUUCUUGCUGUGAGCCACUGAUAUUUUGAGGUUGGUUGUUACCACAUCAACAGUCCUUUCAACUGUUACAGAAUUAUUACCCAGCAGUGGGGUGUUGCUACAAUAAAAAAUAAACCUGAAUUGUGUGUCACUGGCUUUGGAGCUGGACAGUGGCUGGUGAGGAAACUACCAUUGGAAGCUGGAAAGAUGGUGAUAUGUGUUAUGCAGUGGUGAAGCAUCUUUUUAAACUGUAAGCUGGAAAUAGAACUAAGUAUAAAUAAUGUCCCACUGAGUUUAGAGCUUUAGGCAAAAAACUGGGGAAAGAGAAUAUUAGUAGCAUGCCUUGGUUGCUAUUGGGUGCAUUUGACAAGUUACUGUAAGAAAGAAAUGACUCAGAAUAUAAUUGGCCAGUUUUUAAGCAGAAAUGGAAGAGAAUAUAGAAACUCCAGGCAAGUGAUCCAAAUUUUUAACCAGUGAAAGAUACAACUUGACAAGGCCGUUAAGGCACAAAGUUUUAUUAAAAUUCAUCUUUGUGGGACUUCCCUGGUGGUGCAGUGGUUAUGAAUCCACCUGCCAAUGCAGGGGACACAGGUUUGAGCUCUGGUUGGGGCAGAUCCCACAUGCCGUGGAGCAACGAAGCCUGUGUGCCACAACUACUGAGCCUGCACUCUAGAGCCCAUGAGCCACAACUACCGAAGCCUGCAUGCCUAGAGCCUGUGCUUCACAACAAGAGAAGCGACCGCAAUGAGAAGCCCGUGCACUGCAACGAAGAGUAGUCCCCACUCGCCACAACUAGAGAGAGCCCGCGCGCAGCAACGAA